AGGCUUAAUGAAUUGUCUUUUAAGUUUUUCUUUAGGUAUUUAUUUCUACAACCACCACCUCUCAAAAAAUAAUAUAUUCUACAACCACUGUUUCUCCUUUCUCAGUUCAUCAUAGAUAGAUAAAACAAAAUGAGAAACAUUACAAAAAUAGCAUGCUUCAAUAUUUUCUUUCUUUCUAUAAUAGCACUUCAUGUUCAAAGCCGUUUUCUUCCCAAUAAAUUGAUUUCCAAUGGAGUUGAUGAUGUUCAAGCAGAAGAAGAUUCAUAUCUACUUCUUAACAAUGAUAAUGACAAAGGAGUUAUUACUGAAUCUUCUUCUAAUUCAGAGGAGUAUUGUAAACAAAUGUAUGGGUUUUUGCCAUGUUCUAAUAACAUUCUUGGUCAUUUAUUUCUGAUAUUGGUUUAUGAGUACUUAUUGUUCCAUGGAGAAUCAUAUUUGGCUGCUGGAGGUGAACAAAUAUUCAAGAUUCUUGGUCCAGGUGUUUUUGGUGCUAGUGCUUUUGAUAUUCUUGGUGCCCUUCCAGAAUCCUUAAUUCUUCUUGUCACUGGACUUUCAAGUGAUAAGGAGAGUGCGCAAGAGUAUGCUUCCACUGGAGUUGGAUUAUUAGCUGGAUCAUCCAUCCUGCUUCUCACAGUUGUGUGGGGGACCUGUGUUAUUGUUGGCAAGCAAAGUUUUAAAAAUGACUCUCAUUCUUCUGAUACCUCAUAUUUAUCAACCGGAAGAAUAAAACAAGCUUUGACUGGUUAUGGCAUUACUAUGGAUAUAGACACUAGAAAGAUGGCGAGAAUCAUGGUUUUCUCUGUUAUACCACUCCUCAUCAUGCAGAUUCCCACUUUGUUCUAUUUCUCUACAACAUUACGCAAUGUGACCUUGAUAGUUUCUCUCAUCAUUGCUGUCACUUUUCUCAUCUCAUACUUCAUUUACCAGCUCUUUAAACCUCAGAUAGAGAAAACAAGACUGGAAUACAUAAAGCAUGAUGAUUUAAUUUUAAGAAUUUUCCAACGUGUUGAAAAGCAAACUCUACAAAAGAUCCUAACUGAGGAUGGAACUCCUAAUGUAGCUGCCAUAAAUGGACUAUACCAUGAAUUCAGUCAACAUGGAAAACACUUAUCAACUUCUGAAGUAAAAGAGUUGUUGCUUGGGAACAAUUUAGCCGACACAAAUAUCAGAGAGGACCAAAUAGCAGACAUGUUAAAAGCUUUUGACAAAAAUGGCGACCAAAUUAUAACCAAAGAAGAAUUUGUUAGUGGCUUAACAGAAUAUAUUAACCAAACAAAGCAUGCUUUGGAUAGAAAGUACCUCCCUAAGGAAUCUAUGAACAAAAUGUAUCAGAGUUUUAUCAAACCAUGGAUUGAACACGUGAGAAAAGAACGUGAAUUGAAGGGACAACUUAUUUCCGGAGUCUUAAGUCAUGCUCAGAAUGAUAUGGUUGGUAGGAUGCUCCAUGAUGAUGGUACAGCUGAUAAAGAUGCUAUCAAAAGGUUAUUUGAGCAAGUUGAUGGCGAUGGCGAUAACCAUGUUUCAAGAUCCGAGUUAGAGAAAGUAGUUAGGGAGACUCAUUUUGGUAAGGCUGUAGAUGCAGAGGAAGCAGUCUCAAAACUCCUUCACGAUCUUGAUGCCAACAAAGACAAUGAGAUUAGUGAGAAUGAAUUUGUUGAUGGCUUCACCAAAUGGAUAAACUCAAAUUCUAGUAAACCAGGAAGCUCAAAAUCUUCUUCUCAUGAAACUCAUCAAACAUGGGAAGAUGUUGAGAAGGUAAUGGAAGAGAAUCAAACCAAAGGGGUGACUGCAUGGUUAGAAGCUAUAGCAUACGUGAUGUUGGGAAUUGCUAUGUUGUCACUUCUUGCGGAGCCUCUAAUAGCAAGUGUUCAAAAAUUCUCUGAAGCUGCAGGAAUUUCAUCAUUUUUCAUCUCUUUCAUUUUAGUCCCUUUGGCUACAAAUUUUAGAGAAGCAACCUCAGCAAUCAAAGAAGCUAGCCACAAAAAAAGCAGUAAUACUUCUCACACUAUGUAUGAGAUUUAUGGUGCAGUGUUCAUGAACAACAUUCUUGGAUUUGUGGUGAUAUCUAUUCUUAUAUAUAUGAGGGAUAUCACUUGGGAAUUUUCAGCUGAUGUAUUAGUGGUGGCAAUUGUUUGUGUUGUGAUGGGUCUCACCACUAGUUUUCGUUCCACUUUUCCUCUGUGGACAUCCUUCCCAACAUACCUCUUGUAUCUAAUAUCAUUAGUUAUGGUUUAUGUUCUCAAAGAUGUUCUCAAUUAUGUGUAGUGUUCUUAAUUUUGAUAUCAAGCUAAGGUGAAAUGUUUUUGUUCUCAAAGAUGUUCUCAAUUAUGUGUAGUGUCCUUAAUUUUGAUAUCAAGACAAGGUGAAAUAAAAAAUCUAGAUAUGGUUCAUUGGAAAA